AUGGAAAUAACUUCUGUUAACAGUAAUUACGUUGGCACAGAAAGAUCAAAAAAACGAAGGAGAAGUAAUUUUGAUAAUGUUGGAAAGAUCGAAGAAAUGAAUAUUCAUGUAGUAGUCAGGUGCAGAGCAAAGUUAGAAAGAGAGGAAAAAAUUAAAUCUCCAGUUAUUAUAAAGACUACAUAUCGUGAUGUACAAGUACGCUUAAAACCCGAAGAUCCGCCAUGUAAAUGUUAUACUUUUGAUAAAGUAUUUGGGAAAGAAACAAAUUUGAAUAUUAGAGAUAGUGUUAAUGGUAGUGAUGGCAAUAUGAUUAUUAGUCCAAAUGCCGGUGUCAUCCCACGUUCUUUAUGCAGUCUUUUUCAAACUUUGGAAUCGGAAUCUGCUGAUUAUUCAGUGAAGGUUUCCUAUAUUGAAUUGUAUAAUGAAAAAUUGAAAGAUCUUUUGUCUAAUAAUGGCCAGCAAAAUUUGAAAGUUGUAGAUGAUGGUAAUAAUAAAGGUGUUUUAUACGGACACGAAGAAGUGCCUUUAAAAGAUGCUGUUGAAGGUAUCAAUGUUUUGAGACAAGGAUCUAUUAAAAGACAAAAUGCUUCGACUAAUUAUAAUGAUAAAUCAAGUCGUUCACACUCAGUAUUCACAAUUACAGUUCAUAUUAAAGAAACAAUGCCUGACGGUGAAGACUUGUUGAAAGUUGGUAAAUUUAAUUUCGUUGAUUUAGCAGGAUCAGAAUGUAUUGCUCGUACAGGUGCUGAAAAUAAACAUGCAAAAGAAGCUGGAAGUAAACUGACAAGGUUGCUACAAGACUCACUUGGAGGUAAAACCAAAACAUGUAUUAUUGCAACAAUAUCUCCGGUGAGAUCAAGUCUUGAGGAAACGAUAUCAACGCUUGAUUAUGCAACUCGUGCUAAAAAUAUUCGUAAUAAGCCGGUUGCUAAUCAGCGUGUAACUAAAAAGGCAUUGAUUCAGGAAUAUGUAUACCAAAUAGAACAAGGCUUCAAACCACCUGUAUUGGUGUUUGUUCAAUCAAUUGAACGUGCCAGGGAACUAUUUCAUGAAUUAAUAUAUGAUGGUAUUAAUGUUGAUGUUAUACAUUCUGAAAGAACAAAAGCUCAAAGAGAUUCAAUUAUUUUAAAUUUUCGAAAAGGAAAAAUAUGGGUUUUAAUAACUACUGAAUUAAUGGCACGUGAAUCAGGAUGCGAAGUUCCAGAUUGGAUGCUUGAAUUGAAAAAUCCAUCCAAAGAAUCCAAAAAGGAAUUGAGGAAAAAGCCAAUAGAGCGCAAAACUAUUAAUUUAAGCGAUACCAUUCAAAAGGUUGAAGUUGAACCGAACGAUACAUUAGUUCCUCCGGCUUUAACUUUAUGUAUAGAAAAAGAUCUAGAAUAUUAUUUCAAUCAUCAAUUAACUGUACUCAAUUUGGUACAAACAUGUAAUGAAGUGCAAAAUAGCCAUCUUUUAGCAGAAGGGAUGAUAUGUGGUUCAAGCUUAUUAGAAGAAAAUCCAGAACUUUAUAAGAAUAUUUGCAAAGAAAACAUUAAUUUUUAUACCUUUGAUGAUACUGAAUAUCAAGUUGAGCUUACAUUGGAUCAGAAAAACCUCAUAAAAGAAAUUGUUUUAAAUGGCAAUUUUAAUAUCAAAUUAAAUGAUCAAAAUCACUUGUUACAUUUAGCAAUGAUCAAUUUAGCUAAAGAUUUUAAAGAGAUUUGGGAAAUAAAAUCAUAUGACCUACUGUAA